AUGGCCAAGUUCUCUCCUCGGGCCUUCAAGACUUCACUCUUCGGAGCACCCACGAUCGUCAUGUGCAGUGCCCCGGGUAACAAGUUCCUCUUCUCCAACGAGAACAAGCUCGUCACCGCGUGGUGGCCGGCGUCUAUUAACAAGAUCUUCCCCUCCUCUACCCAGACUUCGUCCAACGAGGAGAUGAAGAAGAUGAGGAAACUCCUCCCACAAUUUCUAAGGGCCGAGGCUCUCCACCGGUACAUCGGGAUCAUGGACAGCAUCGCCCAGAGGCACUUCGAAUCCGACUGGGAGAACCAGAAGGAAAUCGUCGCGUUCCCCCUCUCAAAGAUGUACACCUUCUGGCUCGCCUGCCGCCUCUUCAUCAGCGUGGAGGACCCCGAGGAGGUGGCAACCUUCUCCCAGCCCUUCGAGGUCCUCGCCACCGGCAUCUUCUCCAUCCCCGUCGACCUGCCCGGAACUCCCUUCAACAAGGCCAUCAAGGCCUCCAACCUCAUCCGGAAGAAGCUUGUCGAAAUCAUAAAGCAGAGGAAGAAGGACCUGGCGGAGAACAAGGCGUCCCCGACGCAGGACAUACUUUCGCAUAUGCUGUUGACGCCGGACGAAGACGGGAAUUUCAUGCACGAGAUGGACAUCGCCGACAAGAUUCUCGGACUUUUGGUCGGAGGGCACGACACGGCGAGUGCCACGAUCACGUUUAUCAUUAAGUAUCUCGCAGAGCUGCCUCACGUCUACGAUGAGGUUUACAAGGAGCAAAUGGAGAUUGCAAAAUCAAAAGCACCAGGCGAACUGUUGAACUGGGAGGAUUUACAGAAGAUGAGGUACUCUUGGAACGUAGCUUGCGAAGUCCUGAGACUAGCACCGCCCCUUCAGGGAGCUUUCCGGGAGGCCAUCAAUGACUUCAUGUACGCCGGUUUCUCCAUUCCUAAAGGAUGGAAGUUGUAUUGGAGCGCACACUCUACCCACAGAAAUCCUGAAUAUUUCCCAAAUCCAGAAAAGUUCGAUCCGUCAAGGUUCGAGGGCAGUGGACCGGCACCUUACUCCUUCGUGCCGUUCGGAGGGGGGCCUCGGAUGUGCCCCGGUAAGGAGUACGCCAGACUGGAAAUCCUUGCUUUCAUGCACAACUUGAUGAAGAGGUUCAGGUGGGAGAAGCUGCUUCCCGACGAGAAAAUUGUUGUAAAUCCCAUGCCUAUCCCGGAAAAAGGUCUCCCAGUGCGUCUCUACCGUCACAAGAAUUAA